AUGCAAAGCUUCGUAUGGAUGCUACUCCUUUUGCCAUUGACAGUCCUCUCCACGGUGACCGAUGCGCAGACGAACGACCCAAAUGAACAGAAUUUAUCAUGGGAAUGCGGGGACAAAGAGAUCGUUGCAACCCUGGCCACCCCGUUUCCCUUCGAUGGAACGCUGAUGACGGCUGGUGGAUCGAGAAAUCAAUGCGCUGUACAUGGCAAAGGCAACACAACCACUCACCUCUCAAUCUCUCUUGUCGAUCUCGACUUGUGCAAUGUCACCUAUGACCAGGUUCUCGACAAAUAUUCGGUUCGCGUUUGGGCGAGAUCCCACUCGAAGCUUCUCCUCGACUCGGAUCGCUUCUAUGACAUUGAUUGUCAAGGAGCAAAACAGGUCACCAGCCGUCGCACCCCGGAGAACCCGUUUCGGAUCAGUUUUGAAUCGGCUGGCAGUCCGGAGAGUGUGAAAGAUUUGAUCUUCGGUCGUCCGUACACGUUGAGUGUCCAUCAAAUGCCUGGCAAAUCUCAGCCAUUCCUCGUCACGAAGUGCACCGCAAGAGGGGACACGAAUUUGAGCGCUACAGUGAUCGAUUCUCGUGGCUGUCCAAGCGGGUCGCCCCUUCUUGCUCCAUUCACUCGAUCCUCGGACAAUGCGAUCUCAACUUCAGUCAUCCCGUCAAUGUUUCGCUUCCCGUCCACGACGACGCUCACUGUCGAAUGCGCCAUUCAGAUUUGUGGCCAGGAUGAGAGUUGCAGGCCACCUUGCUCGGUGAAAGUGAACGUGCAAGACCGAGUCCGCUCACUUCUGAACACGGCUGAGGUUGAAGAGGAUUCGAUCGAAGAGGUGCUUUUUGUGUCAAUAACGGUCACUGUUCGAGACGAUUCGAUUUCUGAGGCUCCGCUGGCAAGUGCCGAACGAUCCGAGAAAGACUUAGAGUUGAUCGUGCCGAUUAAAGAAAACGUGCCGUGCUUGUGGAAAGACGAGGAUCUUUUCGUUUACGCGUGCGUGAUCUUGGGAGCUGGAUUUGUAUUGGGCACAUUAUUUAAUUUGAUGUGCUGUUGCAUUUGGAUGAGAAGACGGGAGAAGAAACGGGAAAUGAAAGCGAUCCAUCGGAAACGAAUUGACACUGAUUAUUGGAUCGCCGAACCGCACACCGUACCAAAGAAUGUCUCCUCUGCACAUCCCAGCUACUACGAGGUAUCCCGGCGACUCUCGAAUGCAUCUUAUGCUUCGGUUAAGAAUCGUCCCACCCGUCCGGCUCCUCCAAUUCCCCAUCGAGACUACGGUGUCCCGCCAUCGAUCUCCGCUCAAACAGCAUCCAUUCACGCAUCGCAACUCUCUGAUUAUGCUGGGAGUCGAGCCAGCAGCGACGGGAGAGAGUACGCGAGUUGCGGAGUCACCGGCAGCACUUUCCUCUCGCAUUCGACGACGGUGGAGACGGAUUUGGAUAGCCCUGGAUCGAAUCAAACAGUCUCCUAUCAC